AAGGUUGACAAGAAAGUAUCAAACUGCUCGAGUAUGUCAGACAGUCCGAUUUUUGUUGGACCUGCUCGUUGUCGUAAUAUCGAGUACCCACACGUCCCUAAUGAAAAUCUAGCAGAGUGGUUAACACUCGUUCCCAAAAGAUAGUGUAUUUUCAAAUAUUGCAUCCUCUCCUCUUAACGAUAAUGUAUCUAUAAUGGUACAAGCAGGUUAUUUAUAUAAUAUGCGUGAACGUCUAAACCUAAUGCAAUAUUCCAUAAACGUUAUUAAAGUUUAGGGAAAAGUCUGCUUUUACUGUAUCGUAUGCGGCCCGUUCGUCGAGAAUUGCUUCGAUCUUCGGGGGAUCGAUCCUCAGUCGACGCGUGGCAACCGUGUCUGUCUCAUGUAUUUUAUUGAAACGCUGGCACCGACGAUUUCGUAUCGCAGAUAACAGCUGAUAAGCUAAAAUUUUUCUACACAUGAGGUUAGUUUCGAGUAGAUAGUUCCCUAAGCCGGUGGGUAGUGGCGGGUUUAUGUAAGUGUCGGUCUCGCGACAUGAAUCUUUCGCGAUGAUGAGAAGGAAUGUGAUAAGCCUGAUAAAGUUCUUUAUUCUGGCGGCCUUCACUGUCUUUCUGACCGUUGUUGUAUUUCGGUACGUACGGACAUCACCUAACCAUGAAGUCGCAACACCGGUAGCCGCACUUGUAGCCAUCGACGUUGACAGUCCGAAAAAUCAGAUCGAUUCGGGGCAAAAUUUCAACGACCAUCUGUAUCAGGAUGAGGAAGACAAAAUAGACUGGCACGAUUAUAAGAGAAUAGAAGAAGAAGCAAAAAGAAAUGGAAUGGGUGAGCAUGGUAAGCCUACGUUUCUGUCACCCUCUCUCGACGCAUUGAAGGAAAAACUGUAUCAGGUAAAUGGCUUCAAUGGUGCACUUAGCGACGAAAUCUCAGUGAAUCGUUCUGUACCUGAUAUUAGACACCCAGAUUGUAAGAAAAAGAAAUACUUGAGAAAUCUUGAUUCGGUCUCUGUGAUAGUCUCCUUUCACAAUGAACACUUUAGCACUUUAAUGCGUACUUGUUGGAGCGUUGUUAAUCGUUCCCCGGCGUCUCUUUUAAAAGAAAUAAUAUUGGUCGAUGAUGCCAGCACUAAGGUGGAAUUGAAGAAAACACUGGACGAUUAUGUUGCCGAACAGUUGCCUAAAGUAAAGAUUGUGAGAUUACCGGAACGUUCUGGAUUAAUUAAAGGCAGACUGGCUGGGGCUAAGGUUGCAAAAGCGAAAGUGCUUCUAUUUUUAGACUCUCAUAGCGAGGCAAAUGUCAAUUGGUUGCCACCUUUGCUAGAACCUAUCGCACAAAAUUACAAAACUUGCGUGUGUCCUUUUAUCGAUGUGAUAGCUUACGAAACAUUCGAGUACAGAGCACAAGACGAAGGAGCAAGAGGAGCUUUCGACUGGGAAUUGUACUAUAAACGAUUACCAUUGUUACCCGAGGAUCUUAAGAAACCGACAGAACCGUUUAAAAGCCCGGUUAUGGCUGGUGGUCUCUUCGCCAUCAGUGCUAAAUUCUUCUGGGAAUUAGGUGGUUAUGAUCCAGAACUAGACAUAUGGGGUGGCGAACAGUACGAAUUGUCGUUUAAAAUUUGGCAAUGCGGAGGACAAAUGUACGAUGCACCUUGCUCGAGAGUGGGCCAUAUUUAUCGGAAAUUUCCACCUUUCCCCAACCCGGGCAAAGGGGACUUUUUAGGACGGAAUUACAAAAGGGUAGCUGAAGUGUGGAUGGACGAAUACGCGGAAUAUAUUUACAAAAGACGUCCACACUUGAGAUCGUUGAAUCCCGGAAACCUGACGGAACAGAGAAACUUGAGACAUAAAUUGCACUGCAAGCCAUUCAAAUGGUUUAUGGACAAUAUAGCUUUCGAUCUCGUUGAUGUAUAUCCUCCCAUCGAACCAGAUGAUUUUGCAUCCGGAGAGAUUCGUAACAUGGGCGUGCCUGAAUUGUGUCUUGAUUCGAAGAAACGAAAGAAAGACGGACUCGUGGUAGUCGACGUUUGCAUAAAAGACAAUCCUAAGAUUCAAGGAGAACAAGAAUUUCGGCUGACUUGGCACAAAGAUAUCAGACCAAAGGAUCGUACGGAAUGUUUAGAUGUUUCUAGAGGAGAGGUAAAAGCACCUGUAACAUUGUACCCUUGCCACGGGGGGCAGGGAAAUCAAUUAUGGCGUUACAACGUCGAAAAGCAAUGGUUAAUGCACGGUCACUCGUCGAGGUGCUUGGAUACAGAUCCAGCGAGUAAAAAAGUCUUUGUAACAAAUUGUGAUUCAGCGUCUCCAACGCAGAAAUGGAGGAUCGAGAAAGUAAAUAUGAAAGCCAUCAAUAACUGGGAUAACGUGGGACCCAAACGUCAUUAAUUCCUUUGCUUCUUCUAUUGCCAUUGUUUUCUUAGUCCCUAUUUAAGUGUCAUUUCCAUUCGUGUGUACAUACAUAAACAUAUUUCCUUUUCAUUCAACUAGUCAAUCUAAAAUCGCGACUUUUGACUCAUUCUCAUCGUGGUGUAUAGAAACGUAUUUUAAAAUUGUAAAACUAUUUUAUAAAUCACGACAGAACGUACGUUUCUUAGCCUUUCUUACAGUAUCCCCGUCACGAAAUCUUUUUAAUGCAUUUCUACUGAUGUAAAUAUUGUAUGUACCCUCUGUUGUGCCUUAAACAUAUAGCUGCAUUUAAAACCACAGCGGGACCUCGACUUACGCGGUUAAUUCGCUCUAGAGCUUUCUGCGUAAGUUGAAUUGUAUAUAUGUACAUGAUGUAUUGUAUAGCGAAAGAAAAAUCUCAGUAAAGUUAAUGUAGAUAAUCGAGUAAUGUUGUCUCAAUGGUAGACCUUUUAAAGACUGAUUAAAAUGUCUGAUCCAGCACGACUGUUUAGCAAUUCUUAUCAAGACUGAUCUUCCUUUCUCCUUACAAUACAUUUAGUAUGCAAUCUUUGUUACGAAAGUAAAUUGGAGUUAAACAAAUCCACGUGUAUUCUUGUAUGAAAAGAUAAUAAUUACUAUUUAAUCAUAAUUGUAAAUCGUUAAUCAAAUUACAUUUUGCUCCGCGGCGGAUGCAUGGAAAAUAUGUAAAAUUACAUAAUCGUUCGCGUAACUCGAGGACUCACUGUACACAUUAAUUAUAGUAAUUACGUUAUAAAAUAACUUCGCUUUAAUGCUCAAUUUUUACCUACGACAGGACUGAUCGAAUCGUAAAAUUUCUUUAAUGCCAAACUCUGAAAUAGCCAACUAAGUUUCCCGACUGACAAACAGGAUACUUUUAUAUUAUACAACUGAACGCAAAAUUAAUCUUUUCUUGUAUAUUGUUAAGUAAUAUUAUGUACAAGCUGUUCGAAAUAAAUCACAAGUUCCGUGUACGAUCGAUAUACGAUAAAGCAGCAAUAAUUUUUUAAAAUGUAUGCGAACAUAUCAACUCUAUUCACGCAUUAUCAAGCACCGAUCACUUGAUAACACGUUUAUACACUUUAUUGAGGUUUGUUACGUACACCUGUAUCGACGUAACAAACGAAUGACAAUUUAGUUACUGUAUAGGAAAAAAAAUAAAGUGAAAAGAAUCUAUUUU